UUGGCCGCGAGGACUAAGGCGCUCUUGCUCGGCACUGUGGUCACAUGGGUGGAUUCCCGCGGGCAGUAGGUUUAGGUCACGUGACGCGCGCAAGAUGGCGGCUCCUGGGGACGGUGCCGAUCUGGAGGCCUCACUGCUGAGCUUCGAGAAGCUGGACCGGGCCUCCCCGGACCUGUGGCCCGAGCAGCUGCCCGGCGUCGCCGAGUUCGCUGCCUCCUUCAAAAGCCCUAUUACAAGCUCGCCUCCCAAAUGGAUGGCUGAACUGGAAAAUGACGAUAUCGAUAUGUUAAAGGAGCUGGGAAGCCUCACUACAGCUAAUCUGAUGGAGAAGGUUCGUGGCCUGCAGAACUUGGCUUAUCAGCUGGGACUGGAUGAAUCUAGAGAAAUGACUCGAGGGAAAUUCCUGAACAUUUUAGAGAAGCCCAAGAAGUAACUGCAGCAUCUGAAGCUGGGACAAUAAAGUAUCCUGACUGGAUCAUAUUAUGUACUGUGGAUCCAGAUGAACCCCAAAACUUCUAAGGAGAAGUACAAAGCUCUAGCUAUAAACCCUCAGAAGCAAGCACCUCUUUCACUUCCACAGCUCAUCUCUUUGCAGGAGAGACAUACUGCGUACACAGGUUACAAGGACUGCCAUUAGGUGCAUUGGAACUCAGACUUCAUCCUGCCUUAAGAUACUCAGAUGGAAGGAUUUGACCCUGACAUGCAACAACAAAGUCACCUGAUAGGUUUUUUAAUCAGCUAUUCAAAGUAUGCCCCCUUGGUGACCUUACUGGAUUGUUCUCAAGUGGAAGCACCAGUGUAAAGUACGCAGCAGCUCUUCACAAGACUGGCGAGCACAAGUUCUGUUGCAUUGGCCCUCUUGUGUCUCUUUUGCAUGUAGGAAAUCAAUACAUGUACAUUCUGUGCUGAAUGACUGGAGAACAGUUUGGAGCGCAGACUGUGACUGAGAGCAUUGGUUCUGCAGGAACAUUUGCUUUUACUGUAGAAGUUGAGUGCAUUCUGCAUUAGAUUCCAGUUGCUCACUGCCUUCAGAGAAAUAUGCCCAGCACCACAAAGAGGAUCUUCAGUCUGUUGGUCCUUUCACUUCCCAUGGCUUGUAUCAAGUAUUGCAUGUACUGAGAGCUUAGUCUCAGUGCUACGGUUUUCUAGUGAAAUCUAGACUGACAAACUGUAGGGAGUAAGAAUUAUUACUAUACCAUGAAGGAAAACGUUAUAGCAAGUUCAGCCUAUACACAAAGAAACAGUUUUGUCAGUCUACUCUGCAAUUCUGUUUGCUUCUUACAGAACUAGAAACAGAGUGGAGUUGUAAGGUAGAAAUACAGUAAUGUUUUCAGUACUCCAGGAAUGGGCAGACUUGUUAGCCCCAUUGUGAUGAUACUCUGCUUAAAUGGAGUCUUUACACUUCUGAAAGUAACAUUCCUUGGUAUUCUCAUUACCUGGAAAACUGGGAUCUCAAAAUUUGCUCCGCUCGCAAAAAAAAAAAAAAAAAAAAUCUGAAGAGAGAAUUUUUUUGUGAACCAGUCUCUUAGCACACUGUUCUGGACUUCAUUCAUCUUACAGUUUAAUGCAUUUUCUUUCUGUUAAUGCACUUCUUCAUGUUCAGCCCUAAGAAGUUAAGGAGCAUGUUUGGAUUUUGUUUACAAGAAGAACUUUCAUUUCAUACAACUUCUCUAGGGAAUAAUAUGUUAAGUGUUAGUAACUAUGAUCUUUCUAGGGUAAAACAUAAUAUUGAAACAUUGGAUAAAGUAUAGGGUUUUUUCUUCCAUUUAGAAAUGUUACUUUUAGCAUCCAUGCUUUUCAAAGUCUGUCAUUUCCCAGACUAUCACAUGCGAGAGGAGAAAUGUCUUGGAAAUAGUACUCGUGCCUCAUCUUUAACAGAUUGUCCUUAGGGCAUUGCAAAUAUCUGUCUUUGCAGAGGAAAACUGUUUUCAGUUGUGUGUGUGAUAAAGGAGAUUUUUAAUUAAAUAGACUUAUCUGAAUUUUUUGCUAAAAGGCCACAGCCACCUUAAUUUACAGUCUGUGGUCGUCAUCGUCAUCAGUGAAAACUAGGCUUGUUUUGCACAGCUCCAGUUAACUAAAUUUAAGCAGUUAAAUCCCAAAUCCUGGGAAGGCCAUGCAUAAAUACUGAAUAUUUAGGUAUUUCAGGAGUGUGGUUUUAAACUUAAUUGAUUUACUUCCCUACUUCAGUUUAUGUUAUGGCUGUGCUCAACAGGACCUCCAUCCCUUGAGAACAUGAGAGAUAAGACAUCUGAAUGAGAAGAGAAGCUAAAAAUGAUGGUUCAGAGACAAAAACUGCUGGUGUAAGCCAAUGUUAAUGUAGCUUUAAGUAUUAUACAUUUUAAAUGCAAUUGAAAGUUUGUAUACUAUAUAUAGUAUAUAUACACACAGGACAUAAUGGGAUACCUGGUCUGUAUGGCUAAUACAAAUUUGUGUAUUUUAUUCAGGUUUGUUGAUCCAACGCAUAAAGAAAUUGAGAUCUGAAAGGAGGAGGAGUGUAGGAGAAGAUAUCAAAGCCUGGAAUGGAUAUAUAUGUUUGUUUUCUAGUAUGUCCAGUAAGGAAUUUCAAGCUUUUAGUUCUUAGCAACAUACGUGUCUCUUAAAAACAAACAAAAAACCUUUACCACACAGUACUCACUGUCUAUAGGGUGGCAAAUAAUACGUGCCUUAGAACUGGUAUUUAUUGGCUUUGUACUUUGUCAUCUGUAGAGAUCAGCCAGUGCUGUAUAUUUUUAUUGGUAAUAUUUAUAUACAUUUGUAUGGUAGCUGGAGAAUUGUAAUCUGUCUGUUACUGCACUGUAAUCUGAUAAUAAACAAAUGCAGAGCUCAAAGAGCAGCCUAGGUUUCUAGAAGAGCCCCUGGGAUGCAGAAGGUGUUGGCUUAGUCACCUGGGUGGUGCUCUUCCUUAGGCUCAUCUUUACUAUUAAGUUGACAAUAAGACACACUUCGCUCAUCACCACUUCAGUUUUCACCCUGCAACUACUUCAUUCCCAUCAGUAAGUAAAUAGUUGGCAAUAUCCAAAUGACACUAGAGAUUUUCACGCCCUCUUUAAGCACCACUUUUUUUUUUCCCUUUUCAGUGAUAUCCUUCCCAACAUCACUGCAGCAUCUAUCUAUAUAGUAACAUCUGUGUGACUUUGUAUUGCUGGUAAAUUUCUAUAUUUUAAAAAAACAACAAAAAAUUUUGUGAUAAAUGAUGCAAAUGAAGAGUAUAAAAGAUCAAAAUUCAGUAAUACUAUUUGAGCUUAUGCAGCGCUUUAUAAAGUAUUUUCAUGUAUUGGUAUGUUAAAUGUUACUGUCAGGUUCUUGGAAGUAAAACCUAUGGUUUUAGUUCCUUUUAAAUACCGUUUCUGUAUUAAAUGUGUAGUUGUAAAGGCUGUUCACUUCAUUUUUGGAGUAUCCGAUGCUUUACUGUUUAAUCCAACUGAGAAUAAAUUCUUGUUCUAUUAAUUGUUAUAAUAA